CUUUAAAAGUUCACUCCCCUGCGCAGCACACCCAUGCACAUGCUUACAGUAUCAACACGGAUGCCACAGCUGUACUAGGAUCUACUUUUGUGGGACAGACUUUUCCACAAACCUGCUUUUUGAAGAGUUUUAGAUGAACCACCAUGGGGCAGAGACUGAGAGACUUGUGCUGCAGCCCUCACCUGUAUAGGAGUUUGAGAUGACUGUCAACAGAUUGCUGAUUGCGAGAUUUACAAGGAGUGGCUGCUGUGGUUGUUCUCAACAUUUGGAGCGUCAAAGAUAAGGAACCAACUGGUGGAAAGCUGGAUUUCUAGUCUCUUACAGCAACCAUGGAUCUAACGUUGUGGCAGUACCAGUUCAGGAUCAUCAUGCUGGGGGACUCCACAGUGGGCAAGUCCUCCCUGCUGAAGCGCUACACAGAAGACAUGUUCCUGGAGUCCAUCAACCAGACGGUGGGUGUAGACUUCUACGUUCACUUCCUGGAGGUGGAGCCGGGCGUCCGCGUCAAGCUGCAGUUCUGGGACACAGCCGGGCAGGAAAGGUUCAGGUCUGUCACCCGUUCUUAUUACCGCAACUCAGUCGGAGGCCUGCUGGUGUUUGACAUGACCAACCAAGCCUCCUUUGACCACAUUAAGGAGUGGCACGAUGAGGUGUGCGAGCGAGUGCAGCCGCAUAAGGUUCUGUUUGUCCUGGUGGGACAGAAGAGCGACCAAGAUGCUCAGGGGGGGAGGGUGGUGAGUCAGGAGCAGGCUGAGAAACUGGCCGGGCAGCUAGGGAUGCCGUACAUCGAGGCUUCUGCCAAGACGGGUCAGAACGUGAGGGAGGCCUUCGAGCUGCUCGCUCGGAGGGUCUACCAGGGUCUGCUGAGCGGAGAGGUGGAGCUGCAGGACGGCUGGGAUGGAGUCAAGUGUGCCUCACCUCAUGCGCUUCAGUUACAGAGAGCCAGCCUGACACGACCCAGCCCCACCACCAAGAAGAAGAAGAAGUGUUGUGAUUAAACCGUGGACUGGCGGUGGUCUCCACAACACACUAAUGUUACAAUAGAACUAAAACCAGCCCCCAGGAGGUCUAAUGUAGUAACGGGACCAUCAUGAAAACCACUAAAGUACAAUGUUUUGACUUUCAUCUUUGGGCCAUGAUGGCAAUGUUGAUCAGUUGUUUGGUAAAACAGAUAAACGUACUAUUAGAUGACUUGCCACUUCAUUUUGUCCAGCAUUCAUUUUCCCAAGAGGAUUUUCCCCCACUGACUUUGGUGAUUCCCUGACUUGUU